AUGUCACUCUACCCAUUUUUCCGUCCAAGACCAUUCUCUGUAAUUGGAGAAAUGAUGAGAGAUAUUGCUCGAAUGGAAAGACAAUUCAUCCCAAUUUCUGCAUUUGAAGCUCCAGCGGCUGCUUCAGAGAUUGUUAACAAUGAUCAAAAGUUUGCCAUCAACCUCAACGUCUCCCAGUUCAAACCAGAAGAUUUGAAAAUCAACUUGGAUGGAAGAACGCUUUCAAUUCAAGGAGAACAGGAAGUGAAGGAUGAGCAUGGCCACUCGAAAAAGUCCUUCUCCAGAAUCAUUCUUCUCCCAGAAGACGUCGACAUUGGAGCCGUCGCUUCGAAUCUUUCAGAAGAUGGAAAACUUUCAAUUGAAGCUCCGAAGAAAAUCGCAGUCCAAGGAAGAUCAAUUCCAAUCACUCAAUCAAGCAUUGAACAGAAACCAACUGAAUAA